AAGAAGAUAUUUUGAAACAUGUUGGUAUCUACCACCCACUGACUUCCAAGCUAAUUUUUCUAAAAGAGGUGUGAACAACACUGACCAAUCAUUUUUAUAAUUCCUAUUUUACGUUAUCUGAAGACGUAAUGAGAGUUUGAUUUGAUUGUUUAAUGGUAGAAGCUGUGCCUUCGUGGAUUUCUGUGCUUCUUGCCCGACUGCAUUCUUUCUGAAUGAAAACAGUCCUUAGCUGGCGUUCAGUGAAGUUACUUGUUUGACGAGACAUUCCUUUAUCUCGUCAUUAGCACAUGAACACGCUCAUCCAACCUCAUUCCAGUUUGAGGGCCAAUGGGCGAGUUCUCACUCUGUGUGCUAUUUAUCCUGAAACAACUGCGACACAACACCAUUUCAGUUGUACAUGCUGAAUCUUUUCUAAUCGUUAAGGAAUAACUCAAUGGAUUAUUAGUUUAUGAGGCGUUGAGAAGAGAGAAAUAUGUUCUUUUAACAAACUGCGGGAAGAUUUUGUCUCACAAUGAUGGAACAGGAUGAAUCAGCAAGGUUUGGGGGAGAAAAUGGUCUGAAGAUCCAUCCUAAACCUGUCAUCCCAGAAAAACCUAAAGGCAUCCCACCUCCAUCAAAAGUCAGCAAUCCAUUUGUCUCCUCCCUCAAUGCUGCUGUGAGAAAAGGGGAGAUUCUCGCACCACGUGUAGUCUUUAAAGAUGACAAAAAUCUCAGUCGCCAGCUCUCCCCACCUUGGGGAUCAAAACCCAGUGACAACCAGUUCGUCAAUAACACCGAACUGCUGGAUAAUAACCAAAAGAAGGAGGUUGAUGCUAUUAAACAGAAUCUCAAAGACAAGAAUCCCCCACUGGUUUCACCAAUGUCUCCAAAAAUAGAUGAAACCUCAGAGCCUGAAUGUAGUCCACGCACACCUGUGUCCGCUAUACCAGCCAAAUGGUCAACACCUAAGAAGUUUGUAUUUAACCCCCCAAAAACUAGCAAAGUUGAAAUCAACCAAACAGAACAUACGAGGGGGGUUGAAGUUGCCAAGAAGUCUAUGAAGGACAGAAAUUUUCCAUUGGUUCUGCCAAUGGCUCCGAAAAAAAUUGAAACUUCAGAACCUGAACCCAGCAUAUUUACACAUGUGUCUGUUCCACCAUCCACACCCAAGAGCUCUGUUAUUAUCCCUCAAACAGCCAGUAAAGUUGUCAAUGAGAAUGCAGAUGUCACAAAAGAGUUCAAUGUUGCAAAAAAGUCUAUAAAGGAAAGGAAUCUUCCACUUGUUUUGCCAACAAAAGCUGAAACCCCAGAGCCUGGAAGCAACCCCAAUACACCAAUGGCCAUUUCACCAAUCAAAGUAUCUACACCCAAGAGUUUUGUAUUUAACACUCCAAAAACUAGCAAUGAGAAGUCAGGAACAGUGGAAAGUUCAAUUAAAGUGGAAAGCCCAAUUCCAGCAAGUCGUACUCCUGCUUCGCAUCCCCCAACUUUUACUGCCCCAUCGGUUGCAGCAUUUCCCCCCACUGAAAGUGUUCCAGUUGUCCCUAAGGCUGUUGUUCCUUCUCAGACUUCAGUUGUAGCACCUUCUAUCCCCAACACUCCUGCCCCAAGCAUUCCAACCCCAAGCAUCCCGACCUCUGUUAACCUUGAGCCAAAGAUUCUUGAGCCAAAGAUUCUAGAACCAAAGAUUCUUGAGCCAAAGAUUCUUGAGCCAAAGAUUCUUGAACCAAAGAUUCUUGAGCCAAAGAUUCUUGAACCAAAGAUUCUUGAACCAAAGAUUCUUGAACCAAAUAUUUCUGAGUCAAAGAUUCUUCAGUCAAAGAUUUCUGAGCCAGCCAUUACAACACCAGUCAUUCCUGAUCAAACUGUCCCUAAGACUUCUAAACCAGAUCCAUCUUUUACAACUCUUUCUGACACCAAACCUCUAAAACCUAUUUUAAAAAUGCUCAAUUUGUCAGAAGUAUUUCCUCCCCCUGAAGGAAGCCCUCCUGCAGAAUUCACUGAUAUUCCUCCCCCUCUUCUUGAAGAUUAUCCCGAGGGAGACUUAUUAGAGCAAAUCAAACCCACUCCAGCAAUCCGUACAUCUAUCCCCCCAAUUUCCAGGAGUCCAGAUAUCUCUAGCUUAUCAUCUACCCCUGCAUUGUCUUCCCCUCCAGUGGUAUCUCCAGAAACUUUGGUGAAGCCCUUAGACAUUCAUACUGUAGUUAAACCUGCAGAUGUGGUGCUGGAGAAUACAGAAAGUCUCACUGACAAUCCUGACAGGAUAAAAGAGGAACAUCCCUCAACCAAGCCACUUUCACCCCUCUCAGUCUUGGCAAGAGCAGAAGAGAUGGCCUCAGUAAAACGGACACCACCUGAUAGCCGUAUUUUUAACCUUCUGGAACGGGCUAAGAGAAAGUCAACAGCGAUUCAGUUGGCUACCACACCUGGGCAUACAACCCCAACGGAGACAGUCACGCCUGAGAUACCUCUGCCUGAAACUCCCACACCUCUGCCUGAGACUCUCACAACUGAGGUGACACAACCUAAGGUGACUCCACCUGAAAAGGCAUUACCACAGCUUGCCACAACUGUAAAAGCACUGCAUGAGGAAGCUCCAUCAGAAGUCCCUGUUAUCCCUAAACUCCCUCCAGUUGACUAUGUAGAUCAUGCAAGGUUUCCACCUAAAGCCCAAAUACCUGAACUGGCCAAGGUUAAUGGCCUUGAUAAUAGGGUGUUGACAGUGGUCAAACCAGUACAUCCUCCUCCACCACCACCUAGGAAAGCUCUGCCAGCCACACCCAUGGUGGACCCUCUAUUAGAAAAAACAACUCCAUCUCCUGCGCUUCACCUCCAGAGACCGAAAACACCAUCUGAACACCUAGAAACACUUGAAGGAUCACUACAUGACAGCUCAUUUGGAGAGAUAUUUUAUGAUGCUGAAGAACCUGCCACUCCUGCAGUUUCCACCUUCAGGCCUCCGUCAGUACCAUCAUCAUCCUCUACUCCCAAAAGACCACUUUCAGGUCAUGAGGAAGUCCUCCUGAAACAGCACAACCCAAAACCUCAAGUUAAAGAGGUUGUACCUCUGAACAUGGAGGAUAUGGAUUAUGGGUCUAUGAACUCUGGCUCUCCGAACACAGACAUUCAAGUUGCUGUGCUUAAGGACUCAAUGCAAAAAUCACCUGCCUUGUCUCCAUCAGGGACCCUUGAAAGAGCUGAUAAUGUCUUUGACGAUCACACAGAAAGUAAAAAAGGCAAAACAAUAAAGAAUAAAAAACAGAAAGGACCUCCAAAGAAUCCAUACGCUGAUACAGCGGCUCAGGUUCAGGAGGCUCCCAAGAAAAGCUUGUUUGCCAGGAAGAACUCUGCAAAAGCAGUAGAUGAAAAGGAACAAAAGAAAAAAGACAAACAGCGAGAAAAGGAAAAAGAGAAGGAGAAGGAAAGAGAAAAGAAGGAGCAGAAAGAAAAGGAGAAGAAAGAAAGCGAAAUAAGGAAAAGAUUUAAGAUUACAGGCCAAGAAGAGCCCAUAUAUCAUGUUAAAGUGAUUGAGGAAUGUAAAGGCCGUAAAAAUGACCUGCCGGUGAAGGUUGGAGACACCGUGAACAUCAUACGAACUGAAAACUGUCCUAAAGGGAAAUGGCUUGCCAAGGACAGCAACAAUACAUAUGGUUACAUCCCGGUGGAGUGUGUGGAUUUGAACAUCAAUGGCAUUAUGGAGUUGGGGAAGAAGACAACAGUGUCUAACAGACCUAACGGCAAUGAGCACAAAGACACAGAAGCCCACAGUACAAACAGCAGGAGCUCAGAGCAUUACAACUUGAACCAUGAGAGCUUCUCAGAAGACAGCGAGGAGUGGACAUGUGAAGAUGAUGACCCAGCGUUUGGCACUCCCGAUGAAACUGCACAUGUAGAGCCGAAUCAGUCACAGGCCACACCAGCUCAAGAUGUUGUCGAUAAACCCCAAAUUUACUCAACUUACAACGUACAAGCGAAACAUGAAGCCCUUCAGAAACUCUCUACAUUCUUCAUGCAACCCAAAACACCGUCUCAACCUCCACAGCAAAGUGCUUCAAGAAUGCCAGACCCAAAACCAGAGCAUGAAGGGGAUUCUGGCAGCUUAGUUAACGAAGAGGAAGGAGGAUUAGAUACAUCGGAACUCCAGAUUCUGCCCCCUCCAGAUCUGUAUGCUGAUUUAAUCGCUGGAGAUUCAGGGCCUGUUUUCACUAAGCCAAUCAGACUCGUGCAGAAAUAGCUGCGUGGCUGCUGAAGGGAGAGCCGUACUGCUGGAUCUCUGAGUUCAUAACCCUCCUGUGGGCUGAGUUUCAGUGAGAGCCACAGUAAAUGUCAGCAAGAGACGCGUCUGUCAGCCGAGAACAGUUGUGUUUGGGAUUGUGCAUCUGCCUGGAAGAGGCUGCAGACGACUCCUAUAUUCAUCUGCGUUACCUUCAGUUUGUGUCAAGACAGCCCUCGUGUGGAGAUCAUUUGGAGUUUUACAUCGAAGCGUUGGUUCAGUUUCUAUUGAUAAAGAAUCAGGAAAGACACUGCAGGUUAGUUGGGUAAAACUAUUAUCAGCGUUGACAGCAUUCUUCAUUUAAUGCUUUAAGAAUUGCAGAUAGUUUUUGUAUUACACUGUUUGUAUAUUGAUGUUUUAAUACGCAAAUGAGCCAUUGUUUCAUUAAACAUGUGCUAAUUUGCAUAUAUAUCUAGCACAAGAAUCUGAAUAUCGGAUGAAGUCAGGCUUAUUUUUAUUAUUAUUAUUAAUAUUAUUUGUUUUAUUAUAAUUUUUUGACAUUAGCAUUUUGGGUAUCUAUAUAUAUAGCAUUUUUAAUCAUAAUUAACGUUACUUUCGCCAUUUACAAAUGCAUUACUACAAGCCUAACUGUGCUGGUUAACAUUAGUUAAUGCACUGCACUGCAAGCUUCAUUCAAUAACGUUUAUAAGCAGCAGAUGAUUAAACACUGUAACAUGUAUUUUUCAUUGUACAUGUCAGUAAAUACAUACAGUACUUUAUAAAUACAUGACUACAACAUUUAGUGCAGGGGUGGCCAACCCUGUUCCUGGAGAGUCACCUACCUGCAGAUUUCAGUUGCUACCCAUGUCAAACACACCUGAACCAAUUAAUUAGGACCUGAACACCACGUGAUAAUUACUGGCAGGUGUGUUUGAUAUGGGUAGCAACUGAAAUCUGCAUGAAGGUGGCUCUCUAGGAACAGGGUUGCCCACCCCUGAUUUAGUUUAUAUAAGUGCUGCUGAAGUGGAGAUUUAUGGCCAAAUAAAGGUGGAAAACAAGAGAAAAUAGCCUUUAAUAACAUGUAUUGUAACUGAAAACUACAGAAACAAAUUUACAACUGAAAGCGUGGCAGUAGAAACAGUUAAAGCUAAAUAUCAGAUGUACUUUAUGUCAUGUAAAAUGUCCUUAAAUGCAAUCCAAGUCAGGUGUUUGAAGAAAUUAGGGUUGCUACUUAAAAUAUAACCAUACUCUGUAUUUGUAUUAGUUUUAUAUCAUUGGUUUUUAUAUUUUACAAGCAGUACUUUGUGUUCCCAGUCUUCCGGUUUGCUCUACAAUAAGGAAACAGGCUUGUAAUGCUUGAAGUGCAAGUUUGACUUUAUUUUAUAAUUCUCCUGCAUGUACUGAGCUUUCUGGUGCAGAUAAUAAAUGACACAGUCUUGUAUAUACUUUUAAAAAUGCUGAUUUUGUGGCCUGUUUUUAAGCUAUCAUUUUCUAGUUACUGACAAUAUGUAAGGUCCUUUUUUGCCAUAAAAUGAUCUGAUCUGAACAACAUAUGUUUAUUUGUUAUAAUUGAAAGCACAUGUAUUGACAUACCCUUGCAUUAAACACCUUUGGGUAAAACAACUGUUUUACUUGAAUAUUAAAGCCUGAUUUGUUCCUGUUUGUCUAGCUCCACAAACUUGGUUGUUACACCAGAACGAGAGUAUAGUUUCUAGACAAAUCAGCUUACUGUAGGAAAAAUAACCCCAAAUCUGAAAAAGUUGGGAUAGUAUGGAAAACUCAAAUAAAGUAAAUAAAGUUUUUCAUUCAUU